CCAGUCAGCCACGGUCCCGGCGUGCCCCGCGCGGGCCAACGAGAGCGAAUCCGGUGACUCACCGGCCCCGCGCCGCCCCGCGCUGGCGCUCCCCUCACACACGCUCACUCCCGGCUCGACAUGGCGGCGGCGGCGGCGGCGGCGGCGGGGGACUCGGACUCCUGGGACGCGGACACGUUCUCCGUGGAAGACCCGGUGCGGAAGGUGGGGGCCGGCGGCACCGCCGGCGGGGACCGCUGGGAAGGCGAGGACGAGGACGAGGACGUCAAGGAUAAUUGGGAUGACGAGGAUGAGGAAAAAAAAGAGGAAGCAGAAGUAAAACCAGAAGUAAAAAUUUCAGAAAAGAAAAAAAUAACAGAGAAGAUAAAAGAGAAAGAACGGCAACAGAAGAAAAGGCAAGAAGAAAUUAAAAAGAGGUUAGAAGAACCUGAAGAAACAAAAGUACUAACACCAGAAGAACAAUUAGCAGAUAAACUACGGCUAAAGAAAUUACAGGAAGAAGCAGACCUUGAAUUAGCAAAAGAAACUUUUGGUGUAACUAAUACAGUUUUUGGAAUAGAUGCUAUGAACCCAUCUUCAAGAGAUGAUUUCACAGAAUUUGGAAAGCUACUAAAAGAUAAAAUUACACAAUAUGAAAAGUCAUUAUAUUAUGCCAGUUUUUUAGAAGCCUUAGUUCGAGAUGUGUGUAUUUCAUUGGAAAUUGAUGACUUGAAAAAGAUCACCAAUUCACUGACUGUGCUCUGUAGUGAAAAACAGAAGCAAGAAAAGCAAAGCAAAGCCAAAAAGAAGAAGAAAGGUGUGGUUCCUGGAGGGGGAUUAAAGGCCACCAUGAAAGACGAUCUGGCAGAUUAUGGUGGUUAUGAUGGAGGAUAUGUACAAGACUUUGAAGAUUUCAUGUGACAUUUUAUCUUCUCUGGUGUCUUCUUUCUGUUGCCCACGAUCCCUUCAACAUGUAGCACAACUUCCUUUCCUUUCAGUUCUGCCAAAUGCUACAAUCAGAAGUGCAGUAUCUUUUGUGCUGGUUACUUAACCCCUUGACACUUAGGUGCUAAUGUGCAAAUGAGGGAACUUGGAUCUUGCUGCCAAGGGGUUAAAAUUGGAAACCUCAGUUGCUACUAAAUCAUAGUUUUAAAACACAAACUUAAUAAUAAUGUUGUCAUUGUUGCUAUCUGAUUCUAUAGCAGCAGUCAGUAAAUUGGAAACAAAGGUUGCAACAUGACAAGAAAUUGUGUAGUAUUGACCAGCACCAUUCAGUAAUACAGCCUUAACCAUACCUCCUUGAACUACUUCAUAACUUGUCAAGAAAAGCAGUUCGCAGCAAGGGCAUGUGGUGUGCACCUAGUAUUAAAAUUGCUUUGUCUUAAAAUUGAGCGUGAGGAUAUUAAACAUACAUUGUGAAGAAGACUGCUUAUGUCAGAGUGAAGAUACGGCGGCUGAAAAGCACUAGUUUGAUACUUAAAAGUUAAAUGACCAAAACCCUCCACUUUGAAGCUGAAGAAGGUAAACUCCAUUAUUGUAUUACAAGUUGUGGAAUCUCUUGAGUGCAUUCUGUCUAGUGUAUCAGACUACUCUACUGAUGAAGUGCUUCAGAUGGGGGAGGGAAACCCUACCUGCUUCAUUUGCCUGAUUGAAGUGUCUGAGGAACAAAUCUCCUUUGUUCUUCCGGGCUGCAGUGGAAUAACUUUAAACAGGGUUUUGGCAUUUCCUUUCCUUUAUAAAACAUGCUCAGCAAGUUGCACCAGUUAACUAGUUUGGUAAAUUGUUAUGUUAACAAUUAUGACAUCUGCAAUGUUUUAUAAAGCAACUAAUUUAAUAAAAUCACUAUUGUGAGGACUUAAAUUUGGUGUUAUCUCCCAAGAGAUAUUUUUGGAGAGUAUAGAGCUCUUGGGACUAGAGUUCUCUAUAUACUUAACAAAGCUUAAUAAAUCCUUGAUGAGUAGUUGAUAGCUUUAAAACAAAAAUGAUUUGCCAGGCCCUUAAUAGGGUCACACUAGAGCAACAAAGGCAUAGGGCUGCUCUCCUCAUUUUAUUUAUUUGGGGGAAAUUAUUUGGUUGUUUAGUUACUAAGGCCUAAUUAAGAUAUCUAGAACUAUUUAUUUGGAGUAAUUGAGCUUAUAACUCAGGUAUGGCUGUGAGCACAGAUUGAGUGAUCUUUAUUACUUAUAUAUUUUUAAGCAAUUUAACCAAAUUUUUAAAACUGUCAGACUCAAAAGUAGGUAGGGACAGAACAAAAAAUGUUUUUAAUUUCUUUUACAUACAAGGGAGGUGGUCUCAAUCAAAACUCUGUAGAACAAUAAAUAGAAGAUGGACCAUCCAAGUGAUUUGAGAAAUUAACAAAAAACAGUGACUACACAGCAAUAAUUACAGCCAAUAAAAAUUGUUUUAAGGCAGACAAGGGCUAAGAUUUCCUUAGCAGUUAAUGAUGACAUGCACUGAAUUUUAAAUCUAUUUUAUUAUAGAGAUCAGUUUCUAACUAAUGGAAAUGUAUCAUCUGUUCCUUAACUGUGUAAAUAAUAUUAAAUUCCUUUGAAACUGGAAUCUGCAGGCAAAGGUAUUCUUUAAUCAAUAUUAUAUCAUGUCCUAAAGUAAAAGCCAUCUUGAGGAAGAUGGGAAUUUUGAACUUAAUAACCAUAUCUAUAUAAAAUGGUACAGAGGAACAUCACUUUUAUAAAAUUGGAAUUUCCUUGUAAAAACUCAUUCUUGACCCACAAAGGACUGGUAUGAUCAGUUCUGGGUUUUAUAAUUUAGACAACAAAGCUCCCAAUGCAUUAUACUGUAAUCACAAACAUCUGACAGUACCUCAUUUUCGUGUAAGAAAACAGGCACCUGUAUCAGAAUCCAUCUAACCUGCUAGCAUGUCCUUUAGACAGCAGCCUGUCUGAGGGUCCUUCAGAAGCAUAUUCACAACAUCAUAAAGUUUGUGUUCAUAUGCCAGCUUGUAAUACAAGUAGAUAUCUUCACAAUAUGUGAGAAACUUCUUCAGGUUUUUCACAGCCGUAUCAGUUGGCUGGUGGUGUUUACAUCUAGACAAAGACACAGGAAUGUACAGGUUAAGGUACUGUAUGUAUCUUGAGCAAGGGCUGUCAUCUCUGACACCGUUACCUAUUGUGGAGAAGGUGCAAUCUAGAUAGAUUCCGGGAAGUUAGGUAAGACUUAACUAGCAUUAGGGGUGUCUGAUGAAUAUGGAAAUUAUUUAGUUAAAAAUGAGUGCCUUAAUGCUUACCUUAAUUAGAAUAAAUUAAUACUCCAAAGGGGACCUCUGAUGUUUAGAAUCUUUGGCACCUCAGGCUGGCUGAAUAGCUGUCCUACCAAAGUGUUUUUACUCAUUUUUUUGCAUACAAAAAGGUCUUUCUGGGGAUUCUUGAUAUUUCUUUGCAUCUCAAGCACAGGGGUGGCAUGUUAUUCUUAGCCAUAAAAUUCUUUCCUAUGCCUUAUCCAAAGCAGAGACAUUUUAAUACUUACUUUUUUGAAAUCUCUUCAAAUAUACUGGUUCUUAAUAACCUUUGCUGCUUAAAUUCUUCCAGGUAAUGAAAGUCUCCUUUAAGAAUCACAUGUUGGUAUAGAAUUUCAGCCCAAUCAGGAACAAAGUCAUAGGCCUCAGCCACAAUAGAAGCCUUGAAAGGAUGGAGGAAGAACACCAUUAGAGCCUAUCGAAUGUGAGAUUGAAGGCAGACUGUUUUAGCAAACUUAAUGCUGCACAUUCAUACAUUGACUGAUCAGUACCCAUCAUACUGAAAGGCCCCGUCUAUCAGAAUUGGUGUCAGUUUGACAUUUUGCUUCCCCUAAAACCCCAAAACACCGUCUUUGUUUCAGUGGGCGGGGGGGGGGGGGAGAGAUAUCUUUUCAUACUAAACUUUAUAAGGAACAGCAAAAGGGCCAAUUUCCUGAAACCGUCUCUCAUUAAAGGACUGUAACCAGGCCCCCAGAAGCCCUGGCUCCCUGUGCUAAUAAUUCCGGUGCGCCAUCUGUAAAACACUGCACCUGGGAGGUGCUUGCUGAACCUCUAGCAGGGAUGUUCCUCUGAACCUCAACUGUCUAAGGAUCAGAAGUGUCUGCCUCCCUGCUGGCCUAACAAUGUGUCUCACCAUUCUCGAACCUUUGCCCAAACAUGCUAGCAAGAAAUACUAC